UCUUCUCCUUGAAACUGAAAUUUCUGUGAAGAAUUCUGGAUGGAAAUGUCUUCUGUUUCGGACAAUGCAUCAGCAAAGGGUGCUGAAGGAGCUAGCGGAAGCACAUCUGCAGCGGACUUGUCGAAUGUUGAAAUAAACGAAGCAACGACAGUUCCAGAGGUCGAGGUAAAGCAUGCACCAUUUCAGUCGCAACCUUCGUUGCGAGGAGAGAUGACCGAGGAACAAUUAAAGGAACUCGGCGACAAAAUGAGGAAAGAACAGGCGAAAAAAUAUUUCUCGUUAAGGGUAAGGGAAUUAUUUUUUUUCAUGUUAGGUAGAUUUUUAACGCUGAGAACGCAGUUUUUCGAUUCUGCUAACGUAACGGAAACUUAGCACAAGCUUAGCUUGUACUUUGAACCGCACGAGCCAAGAAUUGCCUCCCAACUUUCACAUGUAAGCUUACCCUGAAUUUCUUUAGUCCCAAACUUAUAUAUUUUUUAUUUAAUGUUUAUGCAUCUUUUUUUCUCCCUUUUUUUCUUUCUAUUCAUUGUAAGGUUAUACCAGCUGCAUGUAUUAGCUUUCAUAAUAUUUUUACAUUAAGAUCAAGUUUCGCAUGCACUCAGGAAAUACAUGUAGUUGGUUUUUAAGCAAAAUGGCAGUGUUUUAGUCACCGUUGCCCUGUGCUCUUUCGUUCAAUAUCCUCACAUAGGAAUAUUUUACUGGCUAUCGGUAAUUUUUGCUGUCUCUCGUUGGUGUUGUUUAAUUGGAUCUUACUAUUAGCUCAUUUUUUAUUUAUAAUGUUCUUGUCAUUCUUGCGUAUGAAGACAUCAAAUAUUCCGUAAAUUCUUUCAGUGAAUGAGGUCGCCACUUUUUAGUUAUAUCUGAGUUUAAUUAUUAGCUUAUCGCCUGAAAGAUGGUGUUUCCAUUCAUGUUUGUUUUGUUUUAUAUUUGUUUUUUUUACCUUGAUAUUUGUUUUGUGAUACAAUUUUUAUAAUGACUUGUCUUAUAAACGAAACAUUUCGAUUUUAUCAUGCAUAUUAUCCCUUGCAUAUAAAUGAAUAAAAUAAGGAAGUAAGGUCCUGUCCACUUUCUGUGACCAUCCUUCAAGGCAGCCUAAAAAUGUGAAUGUUAUUUUAAUUAAUCUUGUUUUUUAAUUCCUCCAGGCUGAGAUGCUCAUUGUAAGGCCCGAUUUAGACGCUGAACUUUUCAUGAGCAGAUCCUAAUUCGAAUUAAGACCGACCCAAAUUAUUUAGACUGGCUGAAUUGAUUCAGAUGCCGAUCUUAAUGACAGCUGAACUAUGUUCAAAAGGCGGAAAAAGCUCAUGUCAUUCAAACUGCUUACAAAAUACAUUAUAAUGAUUUAUGCUUUAGGUUUGGUACAUGAAAAGUUUGGCAUCCGAAUCAAAGCUGUUCUAAAGUCGCUCCAAAGGCGAAAUUCCUGGCCAGGCUAGGCGAAAAGAACGGGUGCAUGAGUCGUUCUAAAUUGAAACAGGCAUUCCUAGUUGAUUCAGAUGCCGAAAUCUUCAUGAACUUAAUUCAAUGUAUUAGGCUCAUGAAAAGUUCAGCAUCUGAACUGGGCCUAAGCAGUGUAAAUCUCAAGUUAACUGCAAACAGAGCAUAUAUCUUAUUUGUCACGGCAAUUACAAUGUAAUCUUGGAUUUGUGCCAAUCAUCUUUCUUGGCACCGCAAACUUAAACUGACUGAUUCAUCUUAACCUUAUGCUUGGUCAGUGGCACAGGUAUAUAGAGAAUACUUCAUGGAAAGUGCUGGCAUACGUUUUUUAUGCACGAGUUGUUGAAGCAUCCGAAAUCCAAUGAGUGAGCGCCGUGAACAAGUAAGAUUUCUGAUACAAAAACAAUGAGUGCGUACAUACCAUACAAAGCACUUUCCAUUUGGUAUUGUGUUUAUUAUAUAUACAUACUGAGACGUUCAUCAUUUUGGCGACCUUUUCAAAAAUGCUAACAUUUGCCGCUACACACUUACCGCAAAAUGACAAGGAAAAUGAAGUAUCAUCUUUUUAGUAAAAACGUUUGUUAAAAACAUAAAUGACGGUAAGGAUAUGAGGUAAUCCAAGAACUAUAAGUAAUCUUAACUGUUUGUUCUCAAUGCACACAAAAAGCACAACAAAAGCUUACGUCUCGUUCUUUUUUUCCCUUUCCGCUGUUGUUUCGCCAGCUCUCUACCGUUUUCUUUAACGACAGUGAAACUAUUCCACUCCAUUUCCAAAAUGUUUUUCACUUUUUAAGCGAGAAAAACUCUUUGAGUAAAACUUUUCUCGUUGAAUGUGUGCAAAGUUGCGCUGCAAGCUGCAGUAAAAGGCGGGAAUUUUGGCGCGAAACUCACACCUCUCUGUGGCUUCUGAUUGGAUGUAUCAUUUUUCUCACACGUGAAGAAAACAUCGUUUGCGAUUCUGAUUGGACAUAUCAUUUUUGUUACGUGUGAAAACCAUCAUUCGCUCCUCUGAUUGGCUAGAACUAAUGUGCGUACGAAAAUUUACGACAUAGCUUUUUGGUGAGUAUUUCUCAGUAUGUAUAUAAUAAAAUAUAUUUUGUGAAACAUUGCUGCACCUUACAAGAGAAAAUAAAAUUUUGGGACUAAACUUGGUGACCUGAGUGAAAAGUGCCAUGUUGCAGUAUUUUUAUCAGUUAAUAUUUAUGGCCUUUUAUUGUUAAACUGAGGUUCACUGUUGAAAACAUUUCAUUAGUUAGGCCACCAUUUUAAGUUGUAUUUCACUUUUCAUGUAACUUUUAGCUCUAGUGACCAUUAUUUUUUGCCUAAAGGCUACUUCAAAAGGAGUUGAAUUUGGAGCACAGAAAAAGUAACUCAUCAGGAUUGUGGGGGGGGUGGGGGGUGAGGUAGGGGAGAUACAUGUAGGUCUGGUAGAAACAGACUUCACAUGAGGCACCCCAUUCAAUGUUGUUAGCAUUGUUUUGCCUGUGAUUCUAGCCUUAAGACAUGAUGUUGACUUUGGUUUCCUUGCCCAAGUAAACGCUUGAGAAUGGAAGGACAUUUUCAGAUGUCCAGGUUGACUAAUUUCAUAACAAAAUUGUUCAUGAAAAAAGUUGGGAUUAGAAAAGAAGUGUGAUUAUAUUGUAACUCCAUAAAUUUAAGUCCAGGUAUUUCGGGUCUGGGUAUUGUUUAUCGAGGUUCAACUGCCAUACAUUUGUCCUAUGCAGGAGGGUGCAUUUGCCAAUGCUGUGGAGGAGUGCAAGUUGUAUUUGGAUGACAGUGAUGGGGAAAUCUUGAGCUCUUGGCUGUUAAGCGAGUAAGUGAAAUCAAAGUAUUUGUUCUGGCCUCCACAUUAAAUGUAAAUGAGAUAUACAAAUUUCUCAUCAUAAUGACCUUGAGAAUGUUGAUUUGGGCUCCUUUGCUUCUUGGUCAAAUGUCGUGGGGCUCUGUGGAUUCUUUACAUUGUUCAUUGAAAGCUGAAUUACAUGUAUUGAAAUCAGGACAUUGGCGCAUAUCUUACUGGGUAUUAAUUUAUGUUGCAACCUCACAUCAUGCUUCAAGAUAACCACCACCUGGUUAGCUCAGUUGGGAGAGCACCGAUCUGCUGAGCGGGAGGACACAGGUUGAAACCCUGGGCAGACCAACACUCAGAGUCUUUAAAUAACUGAGAAGAAUGUGCUGCCUUGUAAUGACAUCUGCAAACAGUUAGACGUUCUAGUCUUCUCGGAUGAAGACGAAAAACUAGGUCCUGUCUCACAGCAAUUUCUCUUAUCUGGUUCUUAUGAGAGGUAAAAGAACCCACAUCACUGUUUGAAAAGAGUAGGGGACAUAGACCCCCUUGGUGUGGCUGACCCUUCCUGGGCUGGGUGGGUUAUCUGUAACUUGGAGAGAUCUUAAUAUACAUUUAGGGAUAACCUCAUGAUCCUCCUUUGGGUGUUGUACCUGUAAACAGUCUAUUUGUGUAAGGUGCUAAGGAAGAAGUUUAGGUUAAGAAAUUUUAGAGGUUUUGGCCAUAAAGUUAAUACCCACAAUUUACCCACCAUUAUUUUGGUGGAGGAUGACCUCACAUUUUUUCCAGAUCACUUCCCUUGGUGCAUUAAUAAAUUAUUUCAGUUUAUCAAAAUAAUUAUGUUUUUGAGAAGUUUGAACUGCUUUGCUAUUGUCCUCUUGACAUGAUUUGGGAAUUCAUGUGUGCAUUACCAACCAAAGUAUUAUUAUUCUGCUUGGUAUAUUCAUCCAUUUCUGGAGUUCAACUUCAGUUCAGGUUUUUUUGGUCUAUUUUGUAUGUUUUUAUGUUUUUUAUAUGACAAAAUUAAUUAUAUAGUGCUUAGAAAUGAGAGUGAGGUCAUUACACAGGGAAAUCUCAGACCAAGGCCCUUGAUGUAUUGACCAAGCAAUAGCGAGGUCAAUACAUCAAGGCUGAGGUCUGCAGUGAUUUUGUUACAAAUACAAAAGUAGUUAUGGUGAGUCCUGGGACUCAUCUUAUGAUAAAAGUAAUGAGUUCCAGUCCAGAACCAAUGAGUUCCAGUUAAAAAAAAGACCAAAAUUGAAAAUGCUUGGGCCUUAAAUUAUGUAACCAGACGGUCAAUUUAGGUCAAUUUAGUCACUGUUUUUUUUCACAAGAUGGGUGCCAGGACUCACCAUAACUAUUUGUAUUUGAAUCCUAGAAACAAUUGUGGGACACUUUUUUCUGCUUCAGUCCCCUUUUCAUUUCUAAACUGGUGUGUUCCUUUGAAACUGUUACUAAUAUUAUAAUAAAUUCAAUUUGCAGAAUUGACCACUGGGAUCAUGAAAAAGAAAGGAUUGUCCUUAUCACCAAGAAGACCCUUUGCUUGGUUAAGUACAAUUUCAUUGGGUUGAAAGUUGAUGAGAUGAGAAAAGUGCCAUUGAUCAAUUGUGACAAGAUACAGAUUGGCAGAUUUGUGUAUCCUAAAACCACCAUGAUGAUGUGAGUACAGUAACUUUUCUACUUUGGUACUUUUAGUGCCAACAUUUCUUCAAGGCUUUGCUUUGGAAAAAUGGUAUGGAGGCCAAAUGCUCUUAAACCUAUAAAACUACUGUUUCCAUAUUAUGAGUUUCAAGAGCUAAUGACUGUGUCCUGGACAUCUCCCUGGGGCAAAAGCAACUUGAUUGCCAGGGAGCGUUAGGCUCUGCUGAGGCAGGGCCCCUCUUAUGCAUAAUUCUCACCUUUUGGUAUUGAUUAUCACUUCUCAAACUCAUUAAUAGUUCAUAAAGAAAAAAACAAAGGAAAUUAAUGCUAAGGCAUGGCCCCUCUUAUGAGUAACUCUUGCCCUUUGAUAUGGAUUAUCUCUUCUCAAACUCAUUAAUAAUUCUUAAAGAGAAUACAAAGGAAAUUAAUGUUUAAUGAGUGUUUGGAAAUCAGAUGAAAAACGACUCAUUAUCAAGCAUUUGACACAGUGUUACAUCACCAGAUGAAACACCUCGAAGUUCAUCAAAAAUACUCUGUACUGCGCGUCAUAUUUUAAACUCUCUUCUCACUGUUUCUUCUGGUGAUGAAACACUGUCUCAUGCCUGAUACAUGUCUUUUAGUUAAUUACAUGUUACACAUAUUUUCAUGAACAUGAAAAAUAAAUAAGUGAAUACAUUUGGUAAAUAAAAUGAGGGUAGCACAUAGUCCUUGCAGAGUAAUAGGCCUGUGGCCUUAAAUUUCUCAAUUAAAGUGAAAAUUGGAAGUGUUGAAUUAUGUGAGGGAGAAAGUCCUCUGGAGAAGAACCAGGAGGAAAAACCCUUAGCAGAGCUUGAGAACCAAAAUCAAACUCAGCAGUUACAGAUUGACGCACACAAAGUAACCUUUUCAGAGAAAAUUAAAUUAAUGAUGAGCGCGGCUUUAUCAAGUCAAACGAAAAUAUGAGAAAUAUCCAAUACUGCAUUAGGAUAUAAAAAUAUUGUUAAAAAGUACAACAGCAACGUCAACAAAUUUUCUUGAGUUGGUCAUGCAUCCAGAAACACGUUAGAAAAAACAAAGUCUUCUCUAAUAGAACAAUAGAGCAAAGAGCAGGAAAAAUUUCUCUAAAGGACUGUCGCACACUCUUUUUCAGUCCGCGGCACUUCCAAACUGGAUUGCGUGUCUACUUUGGCAAAAACGUCCAACCAACAUUUCUUCAAAACUGGAAUCCAUGGUCACGUGCAAUCCCCUUUGUCACGUUUGCUUGGCACAGAGGCAAUGACGUCGUGGCCAGAUUACCUGCGCACAUGCAGCUCGAUCCAUUUCAGCAGGCCAUUAUACAAGCCAUCAGCGAGGCCCACAAUGCACUUCAAGAAGGCGUGGCGCAAGAAUCUCUCGAGAUUGCGCACAAUGAACCAAUACUAAUUGAAGUGUAUUGUGGGUUUUCGCCGAUAGUUCAUAACUAUGGCAUCCUAGGGUUUAACCGUGAUCGGGGAAAGUUUGGAUUUUAGGGCUUUGGAUGUCGUGGUUUUAGUUUGUGAACAACGCGUAUGUGCGCUACAGUGUUUAAAUACAUGAAGGCGUUUUUAAGUUAAUUCAUUUUAAGAUACACGUACCCUUAAAGUACUCAUAUCUUUGUGAGCAAAAUUUAAUUCAGGAGUAAUCAACCGAUUAUUUUCUUUUGUAAUACUAACUUACUAAAAAAAAGAAUACGUAAGAAUAGUGGAUAGUGGAUAGUUUGAUAACGUGUUAAUAAUAUUCUAAUAAUAAGUACAUGUACAUGUAUAGUAACAUAAUAAGUGGUCAGUUAUUUAUGCAUGUUAGUACUCGGUUGAAAAAUGCGUGCGUUAAAAAUCAGGUUUUUGUUAAUGUCAUACUUAGUUAGAGCUUGUAGAAAGUACAUGUCACUAAAGAAUUUCGCAGCUAAAUAUGUUGUCCUCCCCAGUCGUUUUAAUCAUAUCCUCUGACUCACCACCUCGACUGGCCACGUGACGUGGGUUCCAGUUUAGAAGAUCAAGUACAUCGUGCGCUGAUCCUUAUUUACACAAUUUUGCUGGCCUCAAUUCACACGAACAUUGUAAAGCAAGUCAUGGCUUGGUGCUUUUGUUUGAAUGGUAUAACGAAAUAGAGGAAAAGAAAAAGAAAAGUGGCUUGAAAUCUUUAAUACAAUAUCUACUAUCGAAUUUCUCUUCCAAAGGUUGAAAGAAAAGAACGCGAGCCGCCAUUCAGUAUAGUGUGUGUAUGAAGUCAUUCCGCCCAACAAGAAAGGGGCCGAAAGCUCCAAAAAUAGACAAAACUGGUGUAAAUCAUGCACAGAGUACAAGCGUUCAACUGUUUGAACAGCAUCAGUUGAGCAUUCAUUGUUGGCCUUUUUUCUCCCCGUAGGAUCACUGGUUACGCGGACAACAGUCCCCACUCCAAACAGUCCGGCUUGCGCAUUUUCUACUCGCAUCAAGAACCCAGCUUCUUCCAGAACUGGAACCCAUGGUCAAACGAAAUGCCUUACAUCUCGUUAACCAGUCACGUGCAAAGUGCGCUCGUUGAGUCUCCACCCGAAGCUGUGCAGCACAGCCUGUUCAGCAAGGCUCUCAUUGACGCAAUAACCAACGCCCGUGAAACGGAACCGAACAGGGAAAUUCUCAAUAGUUUUGAAGUGGUGGAGGCAGAGUUAGAAAUCUAUGUUUACAUUGGGUUGAGCGCCUUGGUUUAUAAUCAAAGCAAGCUCGGUUUUUGCAAAGACCGCGGUAACGUUUUCUUUUAACAAUGUCCAUUUUAAAGAAUAACCUAAAAAUAUAUAUGUGAUUGAAGGAUUUUAUUACUUUUCCUGUUUAUGUAUGGACAUUGAGGUUUGAUCAUUUGCUAAAGUCUGGACUGCAAAGAUAAUUCAAAGUUUGUUUCCCAAGAAAAAAAUCUGCAAAGAUAAGAAGCAGGAAUGAAACUUGUCAUGUUGUAAUGCAGUAUAUAGUUGUUAUAUCGUAACUUGACAAUUAGGGAAUAGUGAUAAUAUGGCGUUGAAAGUUAUUCCGUCAAAUUGAGUCUUUUGCAGUACAGAAAAAAGGAAACGAUGUAAGGAAAAAUUAUCAAGGAGUACAAUGAAGUAGAUACACACAUUAAAAAUUAUAUUCCAGGUUAAAACCAAAAAACGCCAUAAAUUCCACUAAUAAAACGUUCUGGGUGCUACCAAAGUUGAUGAAAAAUAAAAUGCCGCGGUUUUGCUUAUAACGACACGGUUUCUUUUACAGCUGUAAGGGCGAUAGGUUUAAUUUUACUUUCUGAAACGUCUGCGGAUAUUCAACCUCUAUUAAUCAAAAAACAGCUACAAUGCAUUACAAAAUUUGCAUUUUUUUUUUCUGUUUAUACAGUGUGUGUUUUCUUUUGGAGUAGAAAGGCAUGACACUACCUGAGAAAAAGUAGACAGCUAAGAAUUGUUUUGUUAGUUUUAGUGUAACCAAAACCGUAGCACCUUAUUUAUUGUGUUGCUUGUUUAUUAAGUGUCAACGGGUGAGUAUUUAACUUGAAUAAGUUUUUAAAAUAUUUGUCUGUUAUAAGGUCUAAUUGACCUGCGUCACCGCUGACAACAAGGCUUUAAUAAUGAAGAUCAUUUUGUAUUUGCAUGAACUGUAUGUUUUAUCCAUAGUUGUAAAUCAUUGUAAUCAAUAAUUUCCCAUCAACUAAAGAAAUGAAUUAAUAAAUUUUAGCCAGUCACUUUUUGGCUAUGAAUUCUAGCG